UCCGGAAGUGACGUGUAGAGAGGCGGCCCAGCGAGUGUUCUAGAAGCUGGGCCUGGGACAAUUGGAGACGGGGAAACGAUGGUGGAUUAUAGCGUGUGGGACCAUAUCGAGGUGUCGGAUGAUGAGGACGACACCCACCCGAACAUUGACACGGCCAGCCUGUUCCGCUGGCGGCACCAGUACUUGUUUGUUGCAGGCUCGUAUUGAGCGGAUGGAGGAAGCACAGAGAGAAAGAGAGGAGUAUGAGAAGGCGUGUGGGGAUUGUAAGCGUAAGCUCAAUGAGUGCCAGAAGAAGCUGAAGGAUUUGCAGCUGCUGGAAACAGACGAUGCAAAGAAAGAGAUUGAAAAGUUACAAGCUGAGCUCAAACAACUGAAAAAGGAAGAGAAGGAAUGGGAUAAGAAAGGGAUUUCGCUGAUGAAGAAAGAAAAGGCAAUGCCGUGGAAUGUAGAUACGCUGAGUAAAGAGGGAUUCAGCAAGAGUGUUAUUAAUAUAACUCCAGAAUCAAGCAAAAUUGAAACAGAGGAAGAUAAAGAAAAAAAACACAAAACAUUUGUUGAAAAAUAUGAGAAACAGAUCAAGCACUUUGGUAUGUUAAGUCGCUGGGACGACAGCCAGAAAUACCUCUCUGAUAAUCCCCAUCUUGUGUGUGAGGAGACUGCGAACUACCUUGUCAUCUGGUGCAUUGAUUUAGAAGUUGAAGAGAAGCAUGCCCUGAUGGAGCAGGUAGCCCACCAGACAAUAGUGAUGCAGUUUAUCCUGGAACUAGCCAAGAGCCUUAAGGUGGAUCCCAGAGCUUGUUUCCGACAGUUCUUUGCUAAAAUUAAGACAGCUGAUAAACAAUAUGUUGAGGCAUUUAACGAUGAGCUCGGAUCAUUCAAGGAGAGGGUUAAAGGUCGUGCUCAGGCAAGGAUAGAGAAGGCGAUGAAGGAAUAUGAAGAGGAGGAACGACAGAAGCGGUUGGGACCUGGUGGGCUUGAUCCUGUGGAGGUGUAUGAAAGCCUUCCUGAUGAGAUGAAGAAUUGCUUUGAUUCAAAAGAUAUUCAACUUUUGCAAGAUGUAAUUAGUAAAAUGGACCCAACAGAAGCCAAGUACCAUAUGCAACGCUGUAUUGACUCUGGGCUCUGGAUUCCAAAUGCCAAGGCUGCAGAGGAGGAAGGAGAGAAGAGCAAGGAAGAUGAGGAUCCUGUGUAUGAAGAAGUUAAAAAGGAAAGCAGUGAAGAAAAAUAAACUUGUAUUUUGUUUCUAUAUCUGCUAGUUUUAAGUGCUGUGUUGAGUUACAGACUGCAUCCCGUUCACUGACCCAUAGGGGUCCACGUAAGUUCAAUAUACCAAUCUAUUGAGUGGAAGAUUAAAGUCCUUUACCAAUCAACUGCUUUUUGUAUGAAAACACACACAGGUUUUGAGAGCAUGCAGGCUGCUUUACUCCUGUGCAGUAACUGGAUCAGCUGGCAUCUGUGCAAGUGACACCUUCUCCAUUGUCAGACUGAGAGCUUAGUACUUCCCCCCCCGCCAUUGCUUCCUUGAGAUAAUGUGCAUCAUUCUUUAUGGUGCUGAGCCACACAGCUGGGAAGGUGCCAAGUUACCCAAUUGGGACACUGCAGUGAUAUCCUGUUGAGCAGCUUCCUGAUGAUCUUGGUCUCAGUUGAGGCCUGUGGCGCUCGUUUCAUGGGAGAGGGACUGUUGGGAGUGAGUGAGCUACCACUGCCUUUGGAACUGGACCCUACACAAUACUUGGGAAGAGAGAAUCUGCAACAUGGUUUGUUGAAAAUUCUACAAAACAAUGGGGUGAGACUCAUCUGUAGGACUGACUUAGUUCAUAUCGUUGUAAAAUUGGAACAUGCAUAUAAAAAUAAAAAGUGGAGACCCUAAUCAAAAUUA